GGACACCGCUGAUACGUCAGAGUAGACGAGUUCGCAAAAAGAAGCGAAGAAGUCAAAGAAUUCGCACAACCUUGAAACCAGUCAGGUACUUUGCGUUACCAAUUCCAGCACUCCAAUCUACAUAUUAUUAGUUUUAUGGCAACCCAUGGAGUAAAAAAAAGUGGACUCAACGGGGCGAAACGACAAGUCGAAGAAUAAUUUAACCAUACGAUUCUAAAUUGCCUAAACCGCAAUUUUCGGCAUCGCAUUAGACUCUGGGCAAUCAUUUUGUAUAAAUAGGAACCACGAUGGGAGAUUAGGCAUCAGUUCACCAAAGUACGCUGAAGCAACCAAAUCAAACCACCAAAAUGUACAAGCUGUUUGUUCUUGCCGCCCUUUUGGCUGUCGCCGCUGCCGACCCAAAACCAGGCUUUGUUGCCCCAGCCGUUGCCGCCUACAGCGCCUACUCCCCAAUUGUUAAGGCCGCUUACCCAGCCUACAGCGCUUACUCCGCCUACGCCGCCCCCGCUGCCUACACCGGCUACUACGGUAGUGCCUACCCCUAUGCCUACAGUGCUGGUGCUUACUCUGGUGCCUAUGCUGGUGCCUAUGGUAGCUAUGCUCAUCCCUAUGGAUACUCUGCAUACGCCGCCCCCUACUUUUUGUUCGCCACCAUCUUGGCUUUUGCCGCUUCGGCUCCAGCUCCGACUCCGAAACCAGGCUUAAUUGCACCAAUUGUUCCUCUGGCUUAUCAAUACCAAUACCCAUCUGCCUACGCCUAUCAAUAUCAGAAUCAGUAUGCCCCGUCAUACUUAUACAAGAACUACUACCAACCAAUUGCGUACCAGCAACCACUGCAUUUAAACCAUCCCCUCUUCGACAUUGCACCUUUUGCACGCAUAUAUAAACCGGACAAAAAAUCAAAUUAUUAUCAAACAAUCACAUUGUUUCCUUUGAGCAACAACAACCACAAACCAACUACCAACAUGAUCAAGAUCAUCCUUGCUGUCGCCAUGUGCGCCACUAUUGCCACUGCCACACCAGGACCAAAGCCAGGACUUUUGGCCGCUGCAUACACGGCGCCGGUUGUAGCUCCUGCUGUAGUGACAGCUCAAAGUUCUCAAGUUUUUGCUCGCAACUAUAAUGGUUUGGUAGCUCCAGUUGCUCCAUUAGUUGCCGCCCCAGCACCUAUUGUUAGAUCUGCGCCACUGGUAGCUGCUGCCCCAGCGCCGCUUGCUUACGCUGCUCCCCACUAUCAUUAUUCUCCAUAUGUUGCUCCACCAGUGUUUGUUUGA